AUGUUGAAUGCCAGUGACACUCCCAAGCAUUGCUAUGGCUAUCUGCAGGCGUUGUGCAAAGACCUGUCCCGCGAUGACUUCGAAACAGGUGCUUGGCCACAGGCAGUCCACGAGAUGAUUGUCUUCAGGCAUGAGCUUGAGCGUCGAACUGCGGGCUUCCAAUGGCUUGAAGGAGCUGAGCUCGAGGAGACCAACGGCUGGGCGAGCAGCGCACAGGCGCGAGAUGACAGGCAAGCUGGCUGCCGCCUGCGUGCUGCAGCCUGCGAUACUGUGCGGGCAGCGUUGAAGGCACAUCGUGAUUCAACGGAGGAAGGAUGGUCUGACUCGGCAGCGCCAUGCACGCCUGGGCAGUCAAUGAUGGCUUGUGCGGGCAUGCAUCUGCAAGCAGGCCGUGGAACGAAGGAGAGCGGCCGCGGCUGCCGGCUUAUCCUACCGGGAAGCUCUUUCACUGCAGCUGCUCUUCGAGAUGUUAGUGAUCUACAGCGGCUCUGCAAGCGGUGUGAGAGCGCUUUCCCGUGUGCACAAUGCGGUCAGAUGCUGCCGGCUUCGGGCUUCGCGGCCGAACAGAGCUUUAAGCCAAUGAAGGCUCGAUGCUGCAGCAACUGCGUGAUGGAGACGAAAGUUCCAGUCACCCCAGGCGACGUUCAAGCACUUAGUCGUUCCGGUGCUCGGAAUGAAAUUCGGCGCUGGCAACUGAACCUGCAGAGGCUAUUGCAAGCUUUUCCCGUGGAGGUCGCGCCGCAAGUCCAAGCCUUCAUUGGACUGCCACAGAAGCGCCUGCUCUGGUCGAUGGGCUCUCGACUGCUCUGCUUGCGUUGUGACAGGAUUUGGUGCGGAGGUGCCGUCAUUGAUUGUUGCUGCUGGGAAGGAUCCAUGUCUCGACCAGCGGCGCCGCGUUGGCGCCGAUCGAAAGGAGGCUCCACAGCCCUCGAAUUGGAGCGGCUUGUCACAGAACCUAUUACCGGCAGAGACCCACAAGGAGUUCAUCCCAGUGCAGCUUCGCCCAUAAGGAUCACCAUGCCUGCGAUGCUCACCCACAGCAGCAAGGUGGUCCUGCAUGAGGAUCCCCUGCCACAGCGCUUGUUGAUGCUGGAGCAGAAAUGCCGAGCUCAGGAGGCCAUGCUGUUGGAGAAAGAUGCUCAUCUCCAGAAGCUCAAAGAGAACGCUGAUGGCGAACAACUUCGUCAGCGCGUUCUGAUGCCCGGUUGGAGGGACGAUGCCGCUCUCACGAGGCACUUUGGCUCUGUUGUGGUGCAGUCGCCCGGCCAGCCGAGCUCUGAGGGCCACCAGAGUUUUGUUGCAAGUUUCUUGGGCAUCGAGCUUUUCAGCCCAGAGUGCCACUGCUCGACUCCAAGCAAAAUCUGGUCCAGCCCGCUCGAGCAGAAAGUGCGAUUGCAGGAGGCGGAGCUUCACGACAGAGACAAGCAGAUCCACAAGCUGACCGAGAUUGUGGAUCAAGCGAAAUCGUCACUGCAGCAACUUGCUAUCGAAGCAGAUAGUGAGAACAACGAGCUUCAGGCGGAGCUUGUUGCCAUGAAGGGGAAGCUGGAGUGUGUCGCUGAUGAGACUCGGUCACGGGAGGAAGUGGAUCAGCUUGACAAGAAGCUGGCUGAAAGCGAGGCAAUGUGUCAAGCGCUUCGGUGGGAGUUGGAUGCCAUCUCAGUAAGGAACGCACAGGAAACUGCCACGAGUGCGGAUCCUGGCAAUGAUCUUACGGACCGCGAGGUCACAGCGCUUCGUGCAGAAGCCGUAAGGCUCCGCGAACUCCAGCAGCUGCAAUGGCAGCAGCACGCUGCCAACGCACAGCGCUUCCGAGCGGAGCUGACGGCCUUGCGCGCGGCCCUUCGAAGGGAGGGACUGGCAGUCGACUCUGGUGUGGAGCUGGCGGCCGAUGCUUCGUCCGAGGCCCUUGAGGAAGCGAAGAUGGAAACGGUACUAGCUCAGAAAGAGCUGGAGGAAUCUCGAGGCUUGGCUGUGCAGGCCACCUCAGAGGUGGUGAAGCUGAGGGAUGGUCUUUCAGAGGCCGAGGCGGCUUUGGAGACCGAGCGUCGAACACGCCGCCAAGCAGUCGAGUCACUACACCAGUGCGAAGAGGUUGCUGCCAAACUGAUGGCCGAGAGAAAUGCUGCAAGGGCAGAGUUGGAGGAACACACAGCGGUGGCUGAGGCUUUCAGGAAGCAGGCAGCAUCAGACGUGCGAGAGAGCAGGUGGGCCCGCUUCACACUGCGCUUGCUGCAUUUCAUCGAUGGAAGUACCUUCGACGAGCUCAAGGAAAGCUGGUCUUACGGCCUACAACGGUGGCAG